CUCUGAAUGAGGUCAUAACUAUCAUGACGUAGUAACUUCAAAACAAAGCUGACGUUGUUAAAUAAUAAAACGUUGUAACGUGAAUUCGACCUCGUUGCUAACCUUAUUUGUGAAAAAAAGUGAAUUUGUUUUCAGGCACGUUGCUUCGAUAAGUCAUAUUUGACAAGAAAGGGAUGAGCAAAAAGGGGAAGGGAAAGGGCAAAGCGGUCAAGGAUGAUGAGGAUGAGAAGGAUUCUCUGGCGUUCAAAGUCCUCACAGUUGAGCAAACCAACAGCCUCAUGGGAUCCAAUGUCCUUCAGAUGCAGGAACAACUCAAGGAGAUUUUCAGCCUCUGUAACUACACGAUAGACCUGACAGAGGCUGCCACUCUUGAUUACUACACAGCGGCCGUGUACUGGGGGGUACAGCAAAAGUUCACAGCCCAGCAACUGUCAGGCUUCUUCACUGUGGUCCAUAUGCUGCUUGGCAAUGUCAAAGAUAAGCACAUGAGUCUGGUAGAAAACAUGGUUGAGUUUAACAAGCUGUUUGCUGGCAUUGGUAUAGAGGACGUCAAGUCGACAGGUCUAGACUUCUUUGACCUUCCCUCCGUGAAAUCAAUUACCCAGUAUAUGUACUCAAGCCUGUUCCAGCACUACAGACUGUUCCUGUACAUGUUCACACAUUCACAAGCAGAAGAAAUUAUAGGAACAGAUCUGGAGGUUGAGGUCGCUAAGUCAGCUAGCCUGCCCCACCCCCCGCCCCUGGAGGAGGGUGUCACAGAGGAGAUGCACAGUCUCUACAUAGCCACACCCCCACCUACUCCCACUCCCGAGCCUGAAGAAGAAAAGCCUGAUGCUGCCCAAGAGCUGGAGGACCAGGUGUCCCAGUCUGACCUGUUCUCUCAGCUGACUGCCAACGAUGUACGAGAGGUCAUCGAGUCUGUGACCAGGGAGAUGCUGGGAUCAUUACAGACUGAAAUCGGCAUGAAGCUCCAAGACAAAGAGGCUCAAAUCAUACAGAGAAUAAACAAAAUCCAUAGAGUUGCUGAAUGAAUUUAAUGAAGACUAAAUGACUUCUUGUAUUGAACUGCCACUGUUUUGGUUAAUUUCUAAAAAAACAAUGUGUUUUGUGUGGACAAGAACGAGUGUGAUGAAGUGAAAUGUUUCAAUGUAUAUGAAGUAACAAAACAAUUAAAGCUUUAUUCUGGAACAGUUUGAAGUUUGCAGAUUGAAACAAAGUAUAGAAAGCAGUACGCAGAAUAUUUGGAAGGUCAAAUAUGGCAUUUAAAUAAUCUGUAGAAUUAUGAGUAAAUUUGUUUUUGUGAUAGUUUUGUUAACUAUUGUAAAUAUCUUUAUUUUGCAAUAGAAUUUAACUAGACUC